AUGAAAAAGCAACUCAAGAAGUGAAUUCUAUGGAUGAGGCUAAGUCGCCACUGGUUUUGAUAACGGAGGUGAAGCAGGAGAUCAUGGAUAGCAGUGAUGAGGAGGCGAUAUGGAUUGUUCAGGCGGAAUCCGAGGCACAAGGAAACCAAAACAAACAAACAUCUGAUAAAGUUGACGUCAAAACUGGAGCAAAACCAGACAAAGAGCCAAAGUGUAACAAGUGCUUACAAAUACUCUGUUCGGCGGAGGCUGUAAAGGCUCACAAAUGUAGAAAGCGAGAAAGAAAAAGAAACGCAAAGGUGGAUUCUGCAAAGAAACCUCAAAAGAAGAAGGGCAAGAGUUUAACAGAACCGCGAAUUGUAACAUGCGAUAUCUGUGACGAGGCAUUUAGUUCCAAAGUGAGACUAAAAUUUCACAUGCAAUUCCACGAGCCUAGCGCCAACAUAACUGCAGACGGAGAGUACCUAUGCUCACAAUGUGACGGCGCGACGUUCCCGAGCGAGACGGAACUAUUCGACCACGUGCACUUUCAACACGAAAAGAAGAAACGUUGGCAGUGCCCAACGGAGGGCUGCGGAAAGACUUUCUUUAUGCGAGCUACGCUGACGAAGCACAUCCGCACGCACACCGAUACGCGCCGCUAUGUGUGCGUCACGUGCGGCAAGCAGUUCCUCAACAAACAGACGUUAGACGAGCAUAGUGUAACACAUCUUCAGAUCAAGCCUUUUUCGUGUCAUAUCUGCCUGAAGCAGCUGACGCGGCGGUCGCGGCUGCGCAUGCACCUACGCUCGCACGAGGAGGAACCCUCGCCGCGGCUCGUGCUCGCCUGCGCAGUGUGCCGCCGCGCCUUCGCCACACCCGCUGAAGCUACAGAGCACGUAACAAUGUCGACUGAGUGCUUGGAACUUUUCGCGCUAGAAGUAAAAAAGGAGACCGAAGCAGAAGAGCUGUCUCCUACUACCGGCAUCGUGACGAAGAAUUCUGUGAAUAAGAGUUCUGACAAUGAUCCAAUAGAGCGUGAGGUGAACACAAGCGAGAGCGCCGCGCUGCUCGAGACAGUGGACGAUGUGGCGAGGGCCAUAGUGCGUGUUGUGAACAUAGAGAAGGCGUUCCGAUGCGAAUACUGCGAGGAUGUUUUCUACAUGGAGGACGCUUUGAACAAGCACAGGACAAUACAUAAAGGAGUUAAAAAUCCUUUCAUCUGCCACAUAUGCAAAGUUAGUUUUGCAACCUACUCCAGAUGUACUACCCACAAGACGACUCACGGGUUCUACAAGCGCAAGGAGAAGGAUGUUGCUACCAAUAACGCCGGACCGAACGCGGGUAUACUCGGCUACGGGGGAUUCCCCGUCGCCAAACACUUUUUAUGCGAGGAUUGUGGGCGCUCGUACCUGCACUGGACGUACUUACAGGUACACCGGCGGAUGAAACACGACAACCAAGAUGUGCUGUUCCAGUGCAACGACUGCAAAUCCACCUUCCCUAACUGUUGGAGUGUGGCGUACCAUAGGAAAAAAGUUCACGGGAAAAGUGCGGGCGACGACGGAAUAACUAAAAUAAAGAAAGAAAGCUAUGGAAUACCCUGUCGAGACUGCGACCAACUAUUGGCGAAUAAAAACGCACUUUAUAAGCACAGGCUGAAAGAACAUUCCGAUCAAUCACUUGGCGAAAUCAACAAGUUGUUAUCAGAAGAGAAGUGUAUGACUUGCGGGAAGUGUGGCCUCCAAGUACAUAAGUUAGGAGAUUUGGAAAAACAUCUCAGGGAAGUUCAUGAUGAAGAGCAACAAAUGUUCUCGUAUGACGCGCACGCGAGCACGCAAGGUGCGGGCGAGCGCCGCUACCGAUGCGAAUUAUGUGGCGUAUCCUUCAAUAGGGCGGCAACAAUGCGCAACCACCGUCAGAUCCACAGCGGUUUGAUCCGUAUGAAGUGGUCCUGCGAGCGCUGCCCGCGCCGCUUCAGCGCGCGCGCCGAGCUGCGUACGCACAUGCGUCUCAAGCACCCCGAGCACCUCGCCGUCAUUGAGAUCGAAGGGCUGAAUCCAUCACCAGAGGUAGUGCUGAACUAUCUGAAAAUGAAAAACAUUCAACAACGAAAUGUUAUCGACAUUACCAUGAUUUCAUUUGCUCAGGGAACCACAAAUAUUGUACCCAAUUCUGCCAGGGCCUUGUCCUUACUGAAUGAUGUGCCUCGAACAAACAUAGCUCGAGAGGAUUCCACGUUUCCUCGCGGAGUCGGUAUCAUGCAGGCACCACGUCCCGAGACCAGCAGCACUUAUAGCAAUAACUGGCCAAGUAUUAUCCGACCAAACACAGGAACAGUGCAAGACUAUUUCUCUAUACCUACAAAAUAUGAGUCGCAGUCGUAA